GUCGUAGUUUGGGUUCGAAUGUCGCAGUAUAUUUUUACGGAUGAAAGGGAACGGCCGGAAGGCAGGUAUGGGUUCAUUGAACCGCCAGUUAAUUGGAGCACAGUAAGAAAUGUGCGUUCUGUUGUUCAUGGAGGUCAUGAGCCCAGCUUUUUUGGAGAAGACAAUCGUUCAACUGGUGAACAUAAUGGUAUUUUCAGUUUUGUUUCGAAGUAUGCGAUCAGCCAUCCGUGCACAGUGCUCCGUCGUCAGUGCCAGGUUCAUCAUAUGGCGGGUUCUCUUCAUUUAACACCGCUCACAUUUCCUCCAGUCGUCUGCAAUGUUAUUGGCAACCAAGGCAUCCAAACGUUGUGGAAGGGGGCUGUUGGAUCCGGUGUGCUUUGGGCACUUGCAGCUACCACCGAAAUAAUUAUAGGAGAGUUUUUUGGACUUCCUUUAACUGCUGUUCGGCAUACUCAAAAAAAAAGUUUCUGGCGACAUUUAAUGCUGAAAGCAUCGUCUUAUUGUGUGAUGACGCCAUUCAUAGUCUCCUCAUUUAUAGAAACAGUACGAAGUGAGACGGGCCUUAGUGGCGAUGAUUUUCGAAUAAUGGAUGUUAUUACUAAUGGUUUUUAUCGUCUCAAGUCUGAAUUUUCCAUGCGAGAUGGAAGCAAAAGAUUUAGUCUCUUUUACUUGGCUUUCCCGACGGUGCUGUAUCAUACAUCUCAUUAUCUGAUUGUAUAUUUCAUGUAUGAAUGGAUAUACAAACUGGCAAAACGCCAUGUGAAUAAGAAACCUGGCUUGGAACGUACGACGUUUGACCAGUACUUUCCAGACCUCUUUGCGCUGAUGUCUUCGCAAGUUUUGGCUGAUUUUAUAUGCUAUCCUUUAGAAACUGUCCUUCACCGGCUCUAUAUUCAAGGGACACGAACGCUAAUUGACAAUUUAGACACAGGAAUUUCUGCAAUUUCAAUAACUGCGAAAUAUAGCAGUUUAACUGAUUGUGUGCAGAGGAUCGUUAAACAGGAAACACCAUGGGCACUUUAUGCCGGUGCGGGAGCUCUCUGUCUCCAAUAUUUAUUGAACUUCUCCUUCUUACGCGUGGUGCGAACUGCUUUUGACUAUGGGAUGCAUAUUCUUGGUGAAAACCAAGGUGCGCGUACCUCAAACCCCUCCCUUGUCUCUCCUCCGUCCUAUCAUGAGAGUGUGACACAUCCUUCAUCGCAGUACUUCCCGUCAUCUGUUGCUCCCGCUGGAUCAACUGAGUAUCCAUCGUUUGGGCAGACAGCUGCUAGUUUAGGUCGCCAUUCCCCUCCCGAGAGGCUUCGUAGUUUCGAUACUCCUUUUAAUCCUACGAUCGGGUAUUCUUUCCGUUCUUCUAUGGGGUAG